AUGGCAGUUGUUUUAUUUAUAAUUACUAUUCCGACACAAGCAGAAGAAUUAAAGCUGCGUAGUGAGUUACGAAGCAAAAAAUCUGAAGCAGGCGCUAAUUAUGUGGGCGAUGAUAAACUUAGUAUUUCUACACCGAUCACAACAGCAACAACAACCGCAACAACAUCUGCAACAUUAUCCAAUUUUUCCAAUGAAACAACAGCCACAGCAGCUGUUACCAUCAACGUACCGGAACAACUGGCAGGGAAUACCGAACAAACUGAUGUUGUCAGCUUGGGUGCUAAGAUGGAAAAUCCUUUAGCCGUCUUUACGCAUGAUCAACAACAAUAUAGCACAUUUCCGAAGCGUCGAAAAUCUGAUGCAAAUAUGUUCUUAAUUAGUGAUGCUGGACAUUUGCUGAGUAAGCGCCCUGCGGUACGAGAAGGUAGCACAGGUAGCGCUUCAGAUAGUGCAAAAGAUGUUGAGUUAGAAAAUGUGGAUGGAGCUCCAUUCAUACAAAAAUCUUGGGAAGGCUUACGUGAGAUUCUUACAUCUUCAAGUCGAAAGAGGAAUCGAGAUGCAUCACAAAUAAAUAUACCCAGUGACUCGUGCAUGGAGUGGGUGCUGCAUGAAAUUUUGAAAAAAGCACAAAUAUGUAAUGCAGUUUGGACGAAAGAUACCAAUGGUCGAACGUAUCAAGUAAUAUUUACAGUUGAGUUUAAUGAGAAUUAUGAAAAUUUAUUGGACAAACUUCACGAGUGGGGUAUUGGCGAUCGUGUUGGUUCCACUGUAUCCGUAAUGAAUUGCUUGGUCUCGAAAACCUCCAGACGAGAUACAGAAUGCGAUUUGCCGCAAGAAAACGAAGAAAUAAAUUUCAACAAACAAAAACAAAGUGUUUGGAAUAGUUUCAUGAACUCGGUAAGAAGUCGAUUGAAUGUUCAACAAAUCGUACGAGAUGUACGCCAAGAUGCAGCGAUUACAUUUGAUUUUCUCAUCUUGCUUAUAUCAGCAACCAUUUUGGCUGCCAUUGGUUUGGCCGAGGACAGUACCAUCUUUCUAGCUGCAAGCAUGCUCGUUUCUCCGUUAAUGGGUCCAAUAAUAGCAGCAAUUUUUGGUACCGCUAUCAAAGAUCCCGCUCUGCGUACUUUGGGCCUAAGAAAUGAGUUAAUAGGCAUUGUAAUUACCACAAUCGUUGGCUUUAUUUUCGGCAUAGUUAUCUGUUCGAUUGAUGAACGUUAUGGCAAUGGCGAAGGACUAACAGCUGAAAUGCUUUCACGCAGCGAAUUGCACUCCUUGCUGGUUGGUCUCUUUACGGCAAUACCUUCUGGUGCUGCAGCUGCUGUAGCUAUUUUGGGUGGUAAUAUUGGGUCGCUGGUGGGUGUAGCAAUAUCGGCGUCACUUUUGCCACCUGCCAUUAAUGCGGGCGUCCUCUGGGCCUUAGCGCUUAUUUAUACACUUUUCGAGACCGAUAAUUCUCGAUUUAAUCUAAUUGUAAAGUCCCGGACCUUUUCUGAUAAUCAAGCCACUGAAUUAGUCAUUUUGGGUGCCAUUAGUAUGCUGGUGACAAUUUCGAAUAUAAUCUGCGUAUACGUUAUGGGCGUUUUGGUGCUGAAAGUAAAGGAGAUAGCGCCUGCCAUUUCACGAAGCCAUCGCGAAUUUUGGAAACAUGACAUAAAAAUCGCGCGAGGCCUUCCCAAGAAAGGCAUCGAUACAAAUACCGCACUAAUCGAUGAGUUUGCCAAUCUUCCUCAAGAAGAUCAAAAAACAUUGGGUAUUGAUUAUAAUUUAUUACGGACAAUACGUUUGGAUGAUGCCUCCUAUCAAAACACUUGGUCUCCGAUAGGAAAUAGGCAGUUCUUUGAUAGAUCUGCGCUUGAUGUUAUAAGAGAGAACUAUUCAACUGUACAUCAAAUCGAACGUUUAUAUUCCACGAUGAAUCAACAACAGACCUUGCAAUAUAGGAGAAACCGUUUAAAUCGCCACCCAACAACGAUCGCAAGCAAUUAUAGCAAAACGUGUGAUGUAGUAGCAGGCAAUCUGCAACGCUGUGCAACAAUGCCCACUAAAACGAAUUGUCCCAUUAUUAACAUUCUGAAUGCAGUUGGCGAAGCAGAAUCAUCUACAGCUAAUCCAUCUUCACAAUCUUCAAUGACAAAUACGCCAACAUCCACUUUAGGCGAACGUAAACGGCGCAAAUUUACUGUAACACCGGCAGAGGAUCCAAUAAGGCUUGCUAUUAACUAUGACGAGAUGGAGGCUUAGAGGACUCGGCUGACAUGAAGGCAAAGA